CAAGAUGGCCGCGUUAACGGAAGCUCGACUAAAAUCUUAAUCUGGAGAUAACAUUUCUAUUUACAGACCCAUCCGCGACAGCUAAAGAGCAGAGAUCUUCGCAGAGCGCUAGCGAUAACUUUUCAGGAUGAGGCCGGGGGUGUAAAAAGGGAGUUCUGGGGGGGAAGUUUCCUGCUCUAAUGAGAUCUUAGCCCUUGGUGUGGCUCCCUCGGAAUGGAGAGCGACUGCAGGAUCUCCAUGACCUGCUUCAGACCCAGAGUGCUGGCCUUACACCUCCUCUUCUGGGGUCUGAUAUCGCUCAGAGUGUUUGGUGCAGCUCUGCUGAGCGAUGAAAAGGCUCCAGUGACUGGCGUCGUGAGCACCCCCUGCUGGCAGGUAGAGGAGUUUGUGGUGUCGGCAGAGUGCGCCCAGUGCAACGCCUUCCAGACGAAGACGUUGCAGGCCUGCAGCCCCACCGGCUACGUAGAGCUUAUCAACUGUGCCAAGUCCAACAAGGACGAAUAUAAGAGCUGCCGCUCGGCGCUGAUGGAGGAACGGCUCUUCUGGAAGUUUGAGGGCGCCAUGAUCGGUCUGACCGUGCUCUUCGCCCUGUUGGUCGUCACCCGGCAACGCUCCCUGGACCGCCUGGCGUCAGAAAAAGUGCGCCGGCAGAUCGAGUCCAUCUAGGACCCGGGGGCAAGAGAGGGAACCGCGCGGCACCCGACCGAGCCCCAGAUCCAGCUCCAUUUGGCCCAGUGGAAGAGCGAGUGUCGUGUUUUGUGUGUGCGUUCCUGCACAGGUGUGCCCAUGGCCCCGGCUUCCUCUCGGCUCGGACCAAAGCUUUGCUAAAAACACAAAAUCACUAGAGCUUCAGCGCGUUGUUGGAUUGGGUUCCUGAAAGACUCAGCUGGACUUUCUUUUUAAUUGCUUAAAGGCAGUUGGGAGUUUACCUUCCUCCUUUUAAAAAUAUCCAGUGCUAAAAACAGCAGGGUGUUUUUAUUAUUUAAUAAGGAAUUACGAUUGCACAGUGAAAUAACUCUCUGACUACCAAGUCUGCUGUGGAUCAGGACGGUUCACAGUUAGAUUGCAGAUAUCGAGUGAUAAGAGCAACAGUUAUGGAUUUGUGUACUUGCGCUGCUGUGGCUUGAGACGACCCUUGAACUUUGACCUCAACCAGACUGGAAGUGAAAGAGUGGGCACAGCAGGGUGCUGUAAUUGAGAGUGAACACGCAGUCCACCCAGUCUGUGAUCCCAGAAAUGGUUGUGGCCACAGAAACCUCACAUUACUGUAGAACUGAGAGGGCCAGACUUUGGGCUUGAGAAGUUGUCCGUCACAGAGAGACCCGGAGUGCGACGUUAGAGUCUCUCGAGCACAUCAUCUUCAGCUGUAGUGUGGAAGUGGACAUCUCCAUGUGGCUAGUAGUGCAAAGCCCCUCCCUCGGUUUAAGUAUGAGAGCAGCUAUCCUUGGGGAAAGGGGAGACUGCUCACAGUGAUUACCAAGCAUGGAUUCGACCACAUAACGAUCAGGGCGAAUGACAAUUCACCAAGCAGUUCACCUCUUUCCGCAGAGCCUGCAGCUGUCUGAAAAAACUGUUUGAGAAUUUGUUUCUAUCUGAACUUCUCUAUUGCCCACUUAAAGCACAUAGAUGAUUUUCACAUCCAUCUGAUGUGAGAAAUUCCUUUUUAAGUCCUUUGGAAAAUGUCAGUGACUACCGGUAUUCCAAAAUAUGAAAUCCAAGGGCAGUUUUGGUUGGAUGUUCAAUCUUUUGCAUGUAUCAUGUAUAUAUAGAGAACGCAAAGGCUCAUUACUAAGUACUAUUGUAAACAGAGGUCCUUGCCGAGGUACCAUGGAAUUUCUUUCUCCUGUUUACGUUCAGAUCGCGUGUUUACUCAGAAUCGGGCCAAGGCUAGAUUUACACAUUGUGUUGCAGAGAAAUGGAGGCGUGGGAACGUGCUGUCGAGACGGUUGAAAGAGCAUACUCACGGCAUCGCCCUCAAUUUAAUACUUGGCAACGGUAACAAUGCAGAAACCCUCUUUAGUGCCUGUUUUUCAAAAACAAAUCUGCUGGUUUUUUAGGACUCCCCCAGAGAUGAAGAACUCGUUCAUUUGUUACCUCCGUUCAUUAUAGAUUGAUGCAGUCCAGGGUACAGAGCUGUUGGUAAAGUUCUCAGUAUUUUAUAUCUGUCAUGCUCUGUUUUCAAAAGACAGGGCUGGUUACCUCCUGUCCAUCAUAAUCUGAUCUGAUUGCAUGCCUCCCUCUGCUAUAUUAAAAUAAGGACAGACACACUUGUCUGUAUUUUUCGGACCGCAGGUGUGUCACAUGACUUCAGCACAAAACAUGUAGGUUGUGGGGUAAUAGAGUCAGAAGUACUUUGUAGAGUAGACGCCUUUAACAUUCUCCCGAGUUGGACUUUAAUCCUUCACGGGGCAGAUAUACAUAGAGUGAAUAACAAACUGAACUGUGGUCGCUUAAUGCAAUCAGAAAAAUACAGACACUUGGAUAUCAUGUAAUUGCCUGUCAUCCUAAAUCACUGCUUGUUCCUGGGCAUCAGAGGUGCUUACAACAGGUGUUUACGAGAGUCCACUAGUCUUCAGAUUAUGUGGCUGCAUUAUGCAGCUGGUACAGUGACCUUUGUAUCUGUGCAGCGGAUAACAGUCAGGGUCUGUUCCAUUUCAGUUCAGUUCAGGGAAUGAGCUGAAAUUCACUUGAUGAACUGAAAAUUGCCCAUCAUUUUCUGUGAUGAUUUCUUCAAACAAUCAGCUGAAUUUCAGUUUAAUUCCUGAACUGACUGAACUGGAAUGGCGUUGAACCCAUCUCCGGGUGGGUAAAGGUCAUGCCUGUUUUGGUUCAUUUUUGCCUCGUGUUCAUCAUGACACAUUUGCCUUCAGUUGUGGGUUCCUUGCUUACACUUUCCGAGAAUACUUUUCCAGCUAGGUUUCUGUAUUCUGAAUUUACUGCUAGUUUGGUAGAGUAAUUAUGUCUGUAAACCAGUAUUUGUUUUGCCACACCUCAGUCAUAGAGGGAUUGCUGUAAUGAUUGCUAUUGCGAGUGUUUAUUGUGGUGUAUGAACAAAAAAAAGACACAAUGUGUACUUCUGUCAGGCCCAAGGGUUUGAAAUCAUGUUUUUAAAAUGGUCUGUUCUUAAUGCUGCAGUGUUUGAUUCAUCCUGCCUGGCUAAUGGGUUUUUAUCCUUUUAUUCCAAAUGCCCCAGUUACAGGCCUCUGAAGGUCCUCUGUACAGCACUCAGUGGUUUAUCAUGCAGUUGUCACAACUGCUUGGAAUUUAUGCAGCUUGAAAUUAAUUUUAAUUUUCUAGAAGUUGUCACGUAGUAUUUGGAAAUUAAUGUUAUUGAAAGUGCCAAGUUGGACAUGGUAAGCAAACUCCUAUCACGUGCUCCUUACAAGGCAGUUACAAGUGCUUGGUGUAUCCAACCAGGCACUUUCCACGGGUUUUAUUUUAAUUUUUUUUUUUCCACAGAACAACCCCAGGCAACUUUUAUUAUUAUUCAUAUACUGAGAAAUGUAUUGUACAGGGCAAGGAGUUUGAUUUAACAUAUGGAUUAAAUAUUUGUCUUUUUGCACUGACCUCCGGUUUGUCCACUGUCAGAGGGUGAACACAGACACACAGGUGGUCUUUGGUUCUGUUUUGCUCCCACUAACUAUUAAUGUUUCACAAAUGGUGUUAAAAGUCAACAGGAGAAGGGAUUUGUCCGUCUCUUCUGUGGAGCGCAACGCUGAGGAUGGUAACAUUUCAGUGGGGCCUGCGGAUGGGCUAGGAGAUCUGAACUGAAUCGCUGUAUCUGGACUGGGAUUCUUAACGCAGGACUCGGCCAUUUUUAAAUGGCCUUAUCGGUUUUUUGUCUCCUCUACUGUAAAAGUUGUAUUUUUAUGAAAGAUGUGAGACUGUUGUCAGCUUUUCUUGACCGACAAACAAAACAAGCUGAAAUUGAUCCUACAUGGACAACAUGUGCUUUGAUGUGUGUGGCUGUGUGGGCUUAUGUUUGAGAGCUG